UGGCGGUGAAUAAAAAAGUGUUUAUUUUUACUUUAUUCCUACCCUUUUCAUGUUCAGGCCUGGAGAUCCAUGGAAGCUUCCAGUUCGUCAUGGACUGGGAUGAAAGCAAGGACUCCCUGACACACACCAUGUGGUCAGACCUGGAGGACACUGUCCUUAAUGUCAGCGCAGCAGCGGCCAAGAUAUCGAGACGCUAUAAACGUGCAGUGGAUGAUGAACCGGAAGAAAAAGAAGCGGACGUCCAAGUAGACAGCUCCUCUGGUCUCGGCGAUUACGUCAGACACGGCGCCGACUGCCUGAGCCGGCAGCAGCAGCUGGCAGACGCCAACAUGGAGGGAACGGCACGGUGGGGCUCGGCGCUGCACGUGGUGGUGAUGGUGGAGGAGAUGGAGGAGGCGAGGAUGACGUGUCACUACUGCGAUUCAGAUGAGGAGGCAGGGAAGGAACAGACGGAGGAAGAGAAAGACGUUCAGAGGGCAGCUAAAAUCUGGUACCAGCUCAAGCGGAAGGAGAAGAAGGGACAUUAUAAGAUCAAGGAGGUGGACCUGGACAUGCAUGACGACCCAAGCAGAAACCGUGUCUACGUCACAGAGACCCACACCCUCAUCGUCAAGGACGCCACUGUCAAGGACGCCGGGACUUAUUUCUGUCGAGACAACACGGAUAAGGAUCAAUACUUCAACGAGAAGAUGACAGAAGAGGACCUGGCCACGUUUUUUAAGCCAUGGACUGCGUGUUCAGUGUGUGACAAGCCCGGUACGAGACGAAGGCUGGGCGAGUGUACUGUGUUCAAGUUAAACGUCAGCAGACAGGCCAGUCCAUUGUUUCUGGACGUCGUCCUGUCAUCCUUCAGACAGGGGAUCCCUUGCUUGUCCUCGGUGUUUGAAGGCCACGAGACUCUACGAGAUAUCGUCUCGCGACCAGACGAGAUCGAGGAGGAGGAGUGUGAGGUGUCGUGUGCCAACUACACCGUGGAGACGGGCGACCUCGUGUCCGGUCCCGUGGAGGGGAAGAUCAAAGAGAAGAACUUCAAGGAGCGGGAAGGCAUGGUGAUCGUGCUCAAGUGCCCACACGCGCCGGUGGAUGUGCCUGUGGCUUGGCUAAACGGUUCAAAAGUACUUGUGGGACCUUGGCUGAAAGACUCUACAAAUGGCCGCGUCAGUAUUGACGAGCACAACGUCCUAACAAUCCACUCUAUAUCCCUCUACGACGCGGGUCACUACGCGUGCAUCUACGGGCGCCGGGUCAGAGGUCGAAUGAGGCUAGAGGUCACGCCGAAACCGAAACUGAGCAAAACGUUCCGGUACGCCUACUACCUGCUGAUGACGUACCCGUUUGAUUUCGUCGUGUUUCUGGUACUGCUGGUGGUGCGUCACAACCAGCGGAAGAAGGUGCUGAACUACGACCUGUUGCCGGAUAUGGAGUACAACAGCGGAAGUGAAAGCGGAAGUGAGGGGAGCGAUGACGAAAAGAAAGAUGAUAAGUCCGAUGCCAGCGACGAUGAUAAAUAGUUGUGAAUGUGUAAUGCAACUGGGUUUACUAUGUAGUUAAGAGUUCCUUUGAAAUGUGCAGUGUUAUUAU